UUUUGUACCAUGGCCGUUCGUUUCAAUUCAACCGACUCUCUAGCCGCGUUCUUCUCUCCUAUAAAUCCCAAAUCUUCCAUCAAUCGAUUAUAACGCCCACCAAUUCCAUUCCAUUUCCCACACAAAGCACAUCAGAAUUUCCUUCCAUUUCCAAAUCCUAAACUCCCAUCCUAAGUUUCUCUCGAUUUUGGCUAUGGCUGAACCCGAUCCUUCCGUGCAGCAACUCGAAAUGGCGGCUAGGGCAGAGGAGGAGAGGCUGAAGUACCUAGCGUUCGUUCAAACGGCGGCGUUUUUCGCGACGGCGUGCUUCUUUAACGUUUAUGGCUACGCCAAGGACCGGUCCGGUCCGCUGAAGCCCGGCGUCGAGACGGUCGAGGGCACCGUGAAGUCCGUUGUCGGACCGCUGUACAAUAAGUUCCACGGCGUUCCGAUUGAGGUUCUUAAGUUCGUCGAUCGCAAGGUAGAUGAGUCAGUGACCAAGAUUGAUCGCCAUGUUCCUCCAACCGUCAAGCAAGCCUCCUCGCAGGCUGUGUCCGCAGCACAGCAAGCGCCUGAGGUUGCCCGAUCUGUAGCCUCCGAGGUCCGACGCUCCGGCCUCAAAGACUCCCUCUCUGGGAUUGUGAAAUCUGUGUAUGCCAAGUACGAGCCCACUGCGAAGCAACUCUACUUCGAAUACGAGCCUAAGGCUGAGCAAUGCGCGGCUUUGGCAUGGCACAAGCUCAACCAGCUCCCCGUCUUCCCCCACGUUGCGCAGGCCAUCUUGCCAACAGCAGCGUACUGCACCGAGAAAUACAACGAGACUGUGCGCACCACAGCCGAGAAGGGCUACAAGGUCUCUUCAUACCUUCCAUUGGUGCCAACCGAGAGGAUUGCCAAAGUGUUCAGCAAGGACAGAGUUGAGGUGGAGCCAUUGGUGAGUUGAGAGGCCUUGGAUUUCUUCUUGGCUUCUUAUAUCUUAUGUAAUAGGAAACGUAAUAGAUCUUUGUUCUACUGAAUGAUUUAACUGUUAUGUUUGAGAAAUUAUUCAGUGUGGCAGUCAGAAUUUAUACUUGUUUGUAUGUUGGUAUGUUGUAGUUUUUCUGAGGCUUUGUUCCUUUGGCAUCAGAAAUAGCUAUGGCAUUUACUUUUGAGGGGUUUUGAUGAAUAUGAACUAUAUAGUUACGAUAUUAUACGAGAAAAACAAGGUUUAAAUUUUGUUGUCUUCUUUUGGCAUUUACUUUU